UGACGUUAGUCUGACUGUGGCUGUAGAGCAGACGGGUACCAGUAGAGCAGACGGGUACCAGUAGAGCAGACGGGUACCAGUAGAGCAGACGGGUACCAGUAGGGCAGACGGGUACCAGUAGGGCAGACGGGUACCAGUGGAGCAGACGGGUACCAGUGGAGCAGACGGUUACCAGUGGAGCAGACGGGUACCAGUGGGGCAGACGGGUACCAGUGGAGCAGACGGGUACCAGUGGGGCAGACGGGUACCAGUGGAGCAGACGGGUACCAGUGGAGCAGACGGGUACCAGUGGGGCAGACGGGUACCAGUGGAGCAGACGGGUACCAGUGGAGCAGACGGGUACCAGUGAUAUUUCUUCGACCUGUACAUAUAUAUUGAGAAGGUGUUCUUACCUCACCUCACCUCACCUCAUCUAACCUCAUCUGUCCACUCCCUCCAGAAGGUGGCAGUAGUGAAACUCCAGCUGCCGUUAAACCACCAAAGAAGAAAACAAACCAUCGGGCGGGUUUAUUUUGGUUUGUUGAUAUUUCACAAAGCAUUUAUCUGAAUAAACGGUGUUUGAACCUGAACUCCUCGUUUCAGAUGCAUCGCUGGGAUUUGUCUCCGUUCUCAGUGACUCCAGCUGCCAGCCUGUUGGCCAGAUGUGUCUCCAAAGAUAUUCUGUCUCAGGGGGAAAUAGACUCCGCCUCCUCCAGGCUGAGCCCCGUCUUCUCCAAUCAGCUGCACGAGGCUGAACAGCGAAUCAGAACGCAGAGACAGCUGGACCAGCUGCAGCUUGACAUGGAUCUGCUGAAGAUGGAGAAGAAGAGCGCUGACGUCACCAACAGUUUCUACCUCUCUCGGAGGUUCCAGAUGCUGCAGAUGUUCUGCGGCCACCUGCAGGAUCUCCUGAAGGAGCAGAACAGUCUGAGGCAGCGCCUGAUGAAACCUCUGGGUCGCACCAACCUGCCCGUUCAGGCUCACCUGCAGAGGUUCGUGGUGGACGUGGUGAAGAUGCUGCUGGACUUCAUCCAGACUCUGGAGGAUAAGCUGACGUCGGUGCGCUGCAGUCCGUCCGCCAGCUACCGCCUCGCUCAGCUGAACAAGUCUCUCGCUCAGCUACUGGCUCAUGUGGCGGAUGUGGAGAGUUUGUCCAAUCAGGUCCUCCAGAGGAAGGAGGCAGCAAGCAGAGUGACGGUUCUGCAGGAUGAUCUUCCUCCUCCUCCUCCUCCUCCUCCUCCUCUUAACAUGCAUACUGUUUCUGAGUUUUUAAUAUAAUUGUGUCAAAUAUUGCUAUUUGUUUUAAUGUUUCAAUAAAAUCUAAUGUUGGUAGAAACUUUU